AUGCUCGCCCUGUCCUUGUUGCUAACUGCCGUGGGGGUCAAUGCCAUCCUCGGCGGUGAGGUUGCAGGCGUCUCGAUCUCGGACAAGGAAUUCUUUUGUGCCGACGAAUGUGCCUACAAAGGCGUCUUCUUUGAGCAAGGGGGAAAGUGGUGCACGAGGAACGACACUACUGCCAUAGUGAACUCCGAGGGCCUCGCUCACCCCCAGUAUCCUCACGCCUGUGCAGGAUCGCGAGUACCAGAGGGCUGGCAAGAGCGCGCCCUCAAGAAUGGGGAAGAACCAAAACAGUGCUAUGUCUACGAGCCAACUGAACCCUUCGAUUACUUCUGCAUUGCCGACAAGAACCCAGGAGGCAACGCAAAGAACGUACAAUGGUCAGAAAUCGAAAAGAAGCUGGCAUCGGCCAGUUCAACAAAUUCGGCAAGCCAAGAGGGCGAACAAGGCGCUUCUGAGAAGAGCAAGCCGGCUUCUCCGGAAAAGUUGAAGCAGUGUAACGAUCUACGCGAAAACAACUUCUGGGAGUGCUGGAAUAACUUCAAGGACGACUUUCAGAAGUGUGUCGACGACGCCCAAAAAGUAUGGGAAGACUGCCGGCGUGGGAACUAA